CCAACAACCCAAAUUCAAUUCAAAACUGCAUCUCCCUUUCUCUACUAAUUUAGUACCAAUCUUCUCAACCUCUUCAGUUAGCAAUCAGGGACACAGCCUCUAGGUUUGUUAGCCCACAGAUUGACUCGUCUCUUUUUCCAAUUUAAAACGCCACCCAUCUUCUCAUCCCUCACUUUUCUUUACCCUCUUCCUUGAUCUGGUACACUCGUCUCCCUGUUCUCUAACUUGUAAUAAUUGAGAAACAACCAAAUGGGUGGUGAUGGAAAGGUCUUUACUUUGGCUCAAGUCUCCGAGCACAACACCCUCAAAGACUGUUGGCUCAUCAUUGAUGGCAAGGUUUAUGAUGUGACAAAUUUCUUGGAAGACCAUCCUGGUGGUGAUGAAGUUUUAUUGUCAGCAACUGGGAAGGAUGCAACUGACGAUUUUGAGGAUGUUGGUCAUAGCACUAGUGCUAGAGAAAUGAUGGCGGAGUACCAUGUUGGAGAGAUUGAUGUGUCAACUAUCCCCAAGAAGAAAGCAUAUACGCCUCCAAAACAACCGCAUUACAAUCAGGACAAAACAUCAGAGUUCAUCAUCAAGCUCCUCCAAUUCCUAGUUCCCCUUGCUAUCUUAGGUCUUGCUGUUGGCAUCCGUAUCUACACCAAAUCAUCUUAAGUUCUUCCUGUGCUGCUUUUAUAUCUGAAAAACUUAUGUUUCUUCCAAGCUAAUCAUUGAAACCAGUUUAUUUGUCAACUGUCAACUGUCAUCUUUGUGGCCUGUUUGUAACUGGUUUGAGUAAUGGAAGUUGUGCUUUCUCCCUCUCUCCACACAAAUACACUUGCUAUGCAUCU